GCCAUUACUCUCGCAAUUGGUAGUGAGGAUGAUGAUGACGCCUUCUUGACGGCAGCUGGUGUGACGAAAGGUCGGGUUACGUGCAUGGGUUCUCAAUCUUGGCGUAUUUUGAAAAAUUCUCGAGGGGCAAGUUCGUCUUCUCAAGCAGUGGUGAGUGAAGAGUGGGUUGUCCGGCAUGAGAGAGAAUUGCAAAGAGAACGAGAACUCCGAGAAGAAGAGUCGAAGAUAGAGAAAAAAUUGGAGGUCAUGAAAAGUCAAAUGAAUGCAUUAUUUGCCACAUGGCGGCCUCUAACGCAACCCCAAAUGCAUGGGUUUCAAUUCUACCCCACCGUAUUCCGGAAUGCCAACUAACUUGUCUAGAAUGUCACCGCCUCUUCCGUAUUUUCAAGAUGGUCACCUAUUUUUUACUCCUCCAAGACCGCGUGGAGGUCAAUACGGUCAAGGCGGCCGAUAAGGGGACGGUCAAACCGGUCAAACCGAGUCAAGUUCUCAUCCUAACGUGGAAUUUGAUGUGAACAUGUUUUUGGAUCCCAACAGGAAUCCUCAUAGCCCCAUAAAUAUGUAAUAGUACUAGUAGCCUGUGUUUGUAAUUCAGCUAUUUAUUUUCGGUUCUUGAUUUUUUUAAUGUAAUGUUUUAUUUGUCAAGGAUUUCGGCCAUGACAAAAUUGAAUUAUUUUAAUGUAAUAAUUUUUUAAAUGUAAUAUUUUAUUUGUCAAGGAUUUCGGCCGUGACAAAAUUGAAUUA